AUGGCUCAAUUUUGUUUGUUCAUCUCGCUCGGGCUUCUUCUCACAAUGUUCUCCUCUGCCUAUGGCUAUGGGUAUGGUGGUGGCUGGGUUAAUGCACACGCUACCUUCUAUGGAGGGAGUGAUGCAUCUGGAACAAUGGGUGGGGCUUGUGGGUAUGGGAACCUCUACAGCCAGGGAUAUGGAACAAACACUGCUGCUUUAAGCACUGCUUUGUUCAACAAUGGUCUGAGCUGUGGCUCAUGCUAUGAGAUAAGGUGUGUGAGUGACCACAGGUGGUGCCUUCCUGGCUCCAUUUUGGUCACUGCCACCAAUUUCUGCCCUCCAAACAAUGCCUUACCCAACAAUGCAGGAGGGUGGUGCAACCCUCCUCUGCACCAUUUUGACCUCUCUCAGCCUGUCUUUUUGCGCAUUGCACAAUACAAAGCUGGAAUUGUGCCUGUGUCCUACAGAAGGGUACCCUGCAGGAGAAGGGGAGGCAUAAGGUUCACCAUCAACGGACACUCCUACUUCAACCUGGUCCUCAUAACAAACGUAGGUGGUGCUGGGGAUGUGCAUGCAGUGGCCAUCAAAGGGUCCAGAACUGGAUGGAUGCCAAUGUCCAGGAACUGGGGUCAGAACUGGCAGAGCAACAACUAUCUCAAUGGGCAAAGCCUCUCCUUUAAGGUCACAACCAGUGAUGGGCACACAGUGGUGUCCUACAAUGUUGCUCCAGCUGGGUGGUCCUUUGGCCAAACCUACACCGGUGCUCAAUUCCGCUAG